AUUAUUUUAUUAUUUAUAACGAUAAUAGGAGUUGCAAAAUCCAGGGAAGAAAAUUGUAAAUGUGGCUGGGAUAAUCCGUCGAGAAUAGUAAAUGGUGUUGAAACAGAAAUAAAUGAAUUUCCCAUGGUGGCACGUUUAAUAUAUCCAUCACCAGGAAUGUAUUGUGGUGGUACCAUAAUAACACCGCAACAUAUAGUAACUGCUGCUCAUUGUCUUCAAAAAUAUAAAAGAACCAAUUAUACCGGUAUACAUGUAGUUGUCGGUGAACACGAUUAUACGACAGAUACGGAAACAAAUGUGACCAAACGUUAUACUAUUGCAGAAGUAACUAUACAUCCGAAUUAUAAUUCUCAUAAUAAUGAUAUUGCAAUUGUUAAAACAAAUGAAAGAUUUGAAUAUUCGAUGAAAGUUGGACCAGUUUGUCUUCCAUUUAAUUAUAUGACUCGAAAUUUAACUAACGAGACUGUAACAGCAUUAGGUUGGGGUAAAUUAAGGUAUAAUGGUCAAAAUUCAAAGGUUUUAAGAAAAGUUGAUUUGCACGUUAUUACAAGGGAACAAUGUGAAACACAUUAUGGAGCAGCUAUUGCAAAUGCGAACUUACUUUGUACGUUUGAUGUUGGAAGGGAUGCUUGUCAGAACGACAGUGGUGGUCCAAUAUUAUGGAGAAGUCCAACUACAGAUAAUUUAAUUCUCGUUGGUGUAGUUAAUUUUGGUAGAACCUGUGCAGAUGAUGCACCUGGUGGUAAUGCAAGGGUCACCAGUUUUAUGGAAUUUAUUCAUAACGCUACAAUCGGAGAAACAUACUGCAAGGCGGAUUAAAUAGAACGCAAGACACACAUUCGCAAUGUUACAAAGGACAAACAUCGAAACAAUGAAAGGACA